AUGGCGCCGCCACCGCCGCUGGUCGACGACGUCACCGCCGAGAUCCUCCUCCGCCUCCCGCCGGACGAGCCCGAGCACCUCAUCCGCGCCGCCCUCGUCUGCAAGCCGUGGCUCCGCGUCAUCCGCGACCCCGGCUUCCGCCGCAGCUACCGCGACCUCCACGGCGCCCCUCCCCUCCUCGGCUUCCUCCACCGCCUCAUGGUGUUCCAAGGGGACCCGCCCGCCCGCUUCGCCUCCACCACGUCAAUGCCGGAGUUCCCGCACCCAGGCGCCGGCGGCCGCCGCACGCGCCCCCUCGACUGCCGCCACGGCCGCGUCCUCAUCCACAUGCUGCCGGGAUUCCUCGUCUGGGACCCCGUCACCGGCGACAAACACCACCUGCCGCCCGAGCCGGAGGAGAUCGACUGGCUCAUCUACUCCGCCGCCGUGCUCUGCGCGGCCGACGGCUGCGACCACCUCGACUGCCGCGGCGGGCCCUUCCGCGUCGUCUUCGCGGCCACCCACGAGUACAAGGACAUCAUACUCGCGAGCGUCUACUCGUCAGAGACGGGCGAGUGGAGCUCGCCAGUAUGCCUCGACAACACCUGCGAAAUCUACGCCCGGCACACCCGGGAGGCGCGUGCAGAUGGACCCAUGGGACGCUUCUACACGCCCUAUGUCCAGCCGAGGCGAGGCGCCCUCGUCGGAGAUGCAGUCUACUUCACUGUUCGGCGGGGCAACGCAAUCGUCAAGUAUGACUUGGGGAAGGACCGCUUAUCCAUGAUUGACCCGCCGCAACAUUGCUUGGUGCACGGCAUUGCUAUCACGGCAGUGGAGAACUACACUUCACUGGGCUUUGCCUGCAUUCAGGGUUCCACCCUUUGUACGUGGGCAAGGAAGGUGGAUGCAGAUGAAACUGCAGAAUGGGUACAAUACAGGGUCAUCGAGCUGGAGAAAACAAUACCUGUCAGUGUUGCCAAUCCCAAUGACAAGCCAUUCGUGGUCGGCUUUGCAGAGGGUGUGGGUGUCAUCUUCGUUAGCUCAGGUGUAGGCUUAUUUACGAUCAAACUCAGUUCUGGGCUGGUUAAGAAGGUUGAUGAGCCUGGAAAACACUUUAGCGUCCUACCCUACAUGAGCUACUACCUUCCAAGUAUGAUACUAGCCCUUGCAUUGCAUCUUGUCUGUUGUCUUGCAUUUUUCUUACAACUUCUGUAUGUUUGCUUAAUUUUUUGGUUGUGGUUUGUGAACAACUAUUCAUAGUGCAAGCAUUAUGUGUUAGUUAUAUUCGCAUAUGGAGCUUGCCAAGUUCAAUUAAAGUGCUGGAGACAACUUAAUAUGUGGC